AUGAAAUUGUUUAUUGCAUCCUGCUCGAUAUUGCUGGUUUUUGGGCUGAUUGAUAAUGCAUCAGCAAAAAAGUACUAUCUACAAACUACUACUAAAGUAAAUUGGUAUGCAGCUUUCGAGGCAUGCGCGGCUCAAAACUUACAACUUGCCACAAUCAACUCCCAAGCUGAACAAACUGAUUUGGAAAAUACUAUGAAGGCAGCUGGAUUCGCCAAUGAAUGGAUGUGGACUUCCGGUACAGAUCAGGCAACAGAGGGCUCCUUUGUUUGGUUUUCUUCAGGACAACCCUUCACCUAUACUUCAUGGAGCCCCACACAACCUGACUUAUUGGCACCUGAAUUACGUGAAGUCGAAAACUGUGUGCAUGUUUGGCCCGUGCCCGCUGGACAAAUCAACUGGAACGACUUACAAUGCUCACAGCUUUUGUAUUUUAUCUGCGAGGAUAAAAUCUGCCCAAACGACAAUAAUAACAAUUGUGGACAUGGUACAAGUUGUGGCUGCGAAGGAGGAAAUUCGGGAGGUCUAUUGAACUGGUAUGCCGCUUUUGAGGCAUGUGCUGCCCAAAACUUACAACUUGCCACUAUCAAUUCACAAGCUGAGCAGACUGAUCUUGAAAAUACGAUGAAAGCAGCUGGCAAAGCAGCUGAAUGGAUGUGGACUUCUGGUACAGACCAAGCAAAAGAAGGUGCAUUCGUCUGGAUGUCUACUGGAAAACCCUUCACUUUUACCAAGUGGAGCCCCACCCAACCGGACAAUGCUCUUGGAAACGAAAACUGCGUUCACCUUAACUGGUAUUCAGCUUUUCAAGAUUGUAAAUCACGCAAUUUGCAAUUGGCAACAAUUAACUCAGCUGCGGAACAGGCAGAUCUUGAAAAAGUUAUCAAAGCGAAUAAUAUGGUCCAAGAAUGGAUGUGGACCUCAGGCACUGAUCAAGGUCAAGAAGGAAACUUUCUAUGGAUGAGUACUGGAAAACCAUUCAUAUAUACCAGAUGGAGUGCAGGACAACCUGAUAAUAUGGACAGGAGCGAACAUUGCGUGCACCUGGACUGGUAUGAUGCUUUUGAUGCAUGUAAAGCGGAGAACAAACGACUGGCUACAAUUAACUCUGCUCUUGAAGAAGCAUCGCUUGAAUUUCAAAUGAUUGCAGCUGGCAAAGAUUGCGAGUGGAUGUGGACGUCAGGUACUGAUCAAGAACAAGAAGAUUGCUUUGAGUGGGCGUCCACUAAUGAGCCCUUUACUUACACUAAAUGGAGUGAUGAUCAGCCUGAUGAUUACGGAAAUAAUGAGGAUUGUGUCCAUGUUUGGCCUGUACCCAAUAAUCAAAUUCAUUGGAACGAUUAUGAGUGCUCACAACUCUUGUACUAUAUUUGCGAAGAUAUAUAUGCCGCCGCAGAUUGGAUGUGGAUCUCAGGAACUGAUCUUCGCGAAGAAGGGAAAUUUGUGUGGAUGAGUACUGGUAAACCAUUCCAAUACAACAAUUUUGGAUCUGGUCAACCCGAUAAUUGGGGAAAUAGGGAACACUGUGUUCAUUUAUGGCCUAAUCAAACUAAUACAUCAGAAGUAACUUGGAAUGAUUGGGAAUGUACCCAGAAAUUGUCAUACGUAUGCGAAGAUAAACCAAUGCGAUGCCACUGUAAUCGUUCAAAAGAAGAGAUGUAA